UUUUACUGUACGGUUACGUCAUUGUUGCUGCAGUUCAGUGCCGAGGCAACUUGUUAAUAAUUUGUUAUUAGCAGUUGUUGUAGUAGUGGUAAGCUGGUAGGCAUUAGCGCAGGCUACGGUUAGCGGCGGCAGUUGUUAAGAAAAAUUGUUAAUGGUCGGAUCCGCGAUUUAAUUCGGUAUACGGACGUGCCGUAGUAAGUAUUGACUUCGCAAAGUCGGAUUGGGUAAUAUGUGAUGAAUUGAACUAUCUCGAUUAAUAAAGAACAUUUUUUGUUCGUGACAUUUGCAGUCUUCAUGAUUUUCAUACCUCUUCAUUUGAAAAGGGUCGUGAUGAACAUUAGCGGCUCGUUCUUGUAAGAAGUAGUAGUGGUGCUUGUAACAAAAACCAUACGAACGUAUUUCGCAGGAAAUGUGUCCUCUGUUUUUCUUGAACCUCAGUAAAUCAUGCAACUGGCACACUGGAUCAACACCUUUUAAAGCAAGCGGUGGUUACGGCGCUAAUAGUUACGUAAUUGCAAUUCGCGGAAGCUGCCGGCAGUAAUACAAGAAGAAUGACAAGUGGUGCUCAACCUGGCUCACUGGUUCCACCUCGGACUAACUCCACUCUUGGUUUCCACCCAGGGUUGGGAAUUCCCGAUGGACCAAAAAUCGAAACUUGUGCUCGUGUCGAUACCCACUAUGACCUCACAACUGCUGCCGUUUGCUCCGUUUACAUUGCUUUUGGAAUAUUAUACACUUUUUUUGGUUACCGUUUCUUCAAAACAGUUAUGUUUUUAACUGGUUUCAUAUUUGCUUCAACAAUAGUUUAUCUGAUUUGUUUGCAAGGAGAUCUUUUACCGCCUUAUGGCAAUGUUGGUAUCGCAAUGUUUGCUGGACUUUUAUUCGGCUUGAUUACAAUGUUGGUUCAAUAUGUUGGACUUUUUAUGAGUGGGUUGCACACGGGAUUGUUAUUGGGAUUAGCAUCUCUGAUUGCUGCUGAUCACAUACUCGAAACAUCUCCCAGGGGACAAGUUUGGUUGUGCGUAGGAGUUUUACUGGCAACCGCGUUACUGUUUGCCGUCCUCAAUUUGUAUUUUAGAAAAGGUUUGACAAUAUUAGGCACUAGCGUCUAUGGGGGAGCAAUUUUAUCCGUUUCUGCGGACUAUUUCGUAGAAAAGUUGGCAAUGGUUACGUGGGUGUGGCAUCGAACGUCUUUGCGUCCAGCUGUACCACCUCCUUGCUGGUUUUCCUGGAUAGUUCUUGGCGCUUGGCCAUUUCUAGUCAUAAUGGGGCUCAUUAUUCAAUGUGUCCUGACCGGACGGGGUACACAUCACGAGGAUCUGUUUGCAGGUAGAAAGAAGCCUAGGACUGCCAACGUUCACAGGACUAGUGCGAGGGCGGACAAGGGUGAACUUCGCCAAAAGAAGUACAGGUAUCUUUAUCAAGUUCGUACAGCUCACGGGGAUGUUAUCAGUCAGAACUUUGUACAAGCUAUACAAAAGAAAGAUUCAGUUGGUGCGCCUGGUGAAUGUAGUACACUUCAAUCCGACGCUACUCAUCUUACCAUUUUGCCGGAUGCGCAGUUGGCAGCACUAACUGAAAGUGAGGACGACAGUCAAACCGAAAUACAACCGCAACGAUGAGUCAACAUGACAUUUUAUGAUCUCUCUGUAUAUUAGUAGCUACCAACGUAGUGAUUGACAAGAUAUGUUUGUUAAUAAAUGUGACAAUAACAUUGUUGCAACACCCCCAUGACAUUUUUACCAACUACAUACAGGAUGUUCCACCUAAGGUGGUUUUGUCCAUAACUCUGCUAUAAUACAUUUAAUAAAACACAUGUAUUUAUUAUAUAAGUGGUUCAAAAUCAUACGGUACAUUUAUAGAAAAUAUCUUUCAUACAGGGUGUUCAUUUAUGUAUGUAUAUAUUUUUACAUUUUUGGGUUCUUUGUUUAAUUUUAGGUCGACUUUGUUAACAGUUUCCAAUACCUAUCUACUAAUUUUUGAGAUAUUCAGUUAUUUAAAAUUCAAAUUUCAAUGCGAUAUUAAAGGUUCUUUCUACUGAUAUAAGGUUUUGAAUAUAAAAUAAUUAAUUUUUUCUGGAAAAUUGUCAAAGACAAAUGUAAAUCCUUAUAUACAGUAGAAAAGGCUUUUAAUUUCGCAUCGAACGGUAUCUUUUAAUAUGGGUCAUUCCAUUUGAAAAAAAAGUUAUUUGUCUUGUAAGAUUGUCAAAAGUAAGUUUUGAUUUUUCCGGCCUUUAAUAACGUACACAUUUUGCCCAUAUCAAAAAGGAUAAUAUUUUAAUUUAUGAUAAAACGAACUGUCUAAACCACAGGUUUUUAGCUUUUAUGGUUUAAACAUUAUUUGGUCUCAUUCGAAGAGCUGAAAUCGUGUUUUUUUUAAACAGUUGAAUAUCUCAAAAACUGGUAGAGAUAGGUAUAGGAAAAUGUUAGCAAAGUCGACCUAAAAUUAAACAAAAAAAACGAAAAUGAAAAAAUAUAUAUACGGUACUCCAAUUAAAAUAACGAUGU